UAUUUUGCACCUUUUGGGCAAAACUCUUAAAGCAUCAUCUCGUUUAAAUAAACGGAUCGAAUGCUGGGCGCGCUUAGAACCAACACCAAAUCUUGACCAGUGGAGUGGAUGCUCACUAACUGCCGUAUGCAGACGUAAAUCUUAAGAGCCAAAACAAAAGAAAAGCGUAUUUGGUUCGUGUAGGGCUUAACCCGCAAAACCCUAGUUUCACAACUUCCCCUACCCUUGCAACCAUCAUGACCAAGGUUUACGGCACGGGGACGUAUGAUUUCCGCCGCCACCGCGUCGCCGAGUACCCGGUUGCGACGGUGGCGGAGCCCAAAGCGGUAGGUAAUGUGACCACCGGUGGCAGCGGUGCCGUUCCGAGCAGCAUCACUCUGUCGGAGAUUCAGCGCGACCGGCUGACGAAGAUUGCGGAGGAGAACUGGUUGACGAGCGGCGAAGCAGCGGCCGCGAGGGAUAAGAAGGAGUUGGACCCUGACCUGGUUCGCAAAAUCUACGAGACCGAAUUGUUGGUGAAGGAGGGUUCCAAACCCGUGCCCUUGCAACGCGUUAUGAUUCUGGAGGUUAGUCAGUAUCUCGAGAAUUAUUUGUGGCCUCAUUUCGAUCCUCUCACUGCCACCUUCGAGCACGUCAUGUCCAUCAUCAUCAUGGUCAACGAGAAGUUCCGUGAGAAUGUUGCUGCUUGGACUUGCUUCCAUCAGAGGAAAGACGCUUUCAAAGGCUUUCUUGAGAGGGUUCUUCGCUUAAAGGAGGGACGGGAACUGAGUAUAGCAGAGAAGACAAAUUAUCUAGUUUUCAUGAUAAAUGCCUUUCAGAGUUUGGAAGAUGAGGUUGUUAGCAGGACAAUAUUGAGACUAGCAAGUUUGAAAUCUUGGCACAGUUUAUCUUAUGGUCGUUUUCAGAUGGAGCUUUGUCUUAAUCCUGGUUUGAUCAAGAAAUGGAAAAGGAUGAUAAAGAAGGAGCCUGUGAAAGGAGGUGGAUCACAUUUAGAUCCCUCAACUACAGUUGAAGUGAUGUUCGUGAGAAACCUCAUAGAAGAAUUUCUUGAGAUACUGGAUUCACAGGUAUUUCCCCAGAAACAGUUUUCUGGUGGGGACGAUGAAAUUCUCGAUGGUACUGGUUCCGGGCUUGUUAAUGAUGCUUGUGUCCUGUACUGUGAGAGGUUUAUGGAGUUUCUAAUUGACCUCUUGAGUCAAUUACCAACAAGGAGGUAUUUGAGGCCUCUGGUGGCUGAUGUAGCUGUAGUUGCCAAAUGUCAUUUAAGUGCACUCUAUAGGCAUGAAAAAGGGAAACUUUUUGCCCAGUUGGUUGAUUUGCUGCAAUUCUAUGAAGGGUUUGAGAUUAAUGAUCAUACAGGAACACAGUUAACAGAUCAUGAGGUUCUUGAAACUCAUUACAGUCGAUUGCAGUCUUUCCAGCUUCUUGCAUUUAAAAAGAUGGAAAAGCUUCGGGAACUUGCUUUGACUAACAUUGGUUCUAUUCACAAACGUGCUAAUCUGUCCAAGAAAUUGUCUGUUCUUUCUCCAGAGGAGUUACGGGAGUUUGUUUGCUGUAAGCUCAAACUGGUCUCCAAGGAAGACCCCUGGUCAGAGAGGGUUGAUUUUCUUAUUGAAGUAAUGGUAUCCUAUUUUGAGAAGCAACAAUCUCAAAAAGAAGCUAUUAAUGCUCUUCCCCUUUACCCAAAUGAGCAGAUUAUGUGGGAUGAAAGUGUUGUACCUAGCAUAAAUUACUCAGGAGAAGGCUGUUUAGCAUUGCCAAAGCUGAACUUACAGUUCUUAACACUUCAUGAUUAUCUUCUUCGAAAUUUUAAUCUUUUUAGACUUGAAUCAACAUAUGAGAUACGUGAAGACAUUCAGGAAGCUGUUCCACAUCUUCUUGCAUAUAUUAAUAAUGAUGGAGAAACUGCUUUUCGUGGUUGGUCAAGAAUGGGAGUGCCAAUCAAAGAAUUCAAAAUUUCUGAAGUUAAACAACCUAACAUUGGAGAAGUCAAACCAUCAUCUGUGACUGCAGAAGUUACUUAUAGUAUUUCCAGCUACAGAGCACAGAUUAGAUCAGAAUGGGAUGCACUCAAAGAACAUGAUGUAUUGUUUUUACUAUCUAUUCGCCCUUCAUUUGAGCCUCUUAGAGCUGAAGAAGAAGACAAGGCUAGUGUUCCACAGAAGCUUGGCCUACAAUAUGUACGUGGAUGUGAAGUUAUUGAGAUUCGGGAUGAGGAAGGAAACCUUAUGAAUGAUUUUUCUGGAAGGAUUAAACGUGAUGAGUGGAAACCACCAAAAGGGGAACUGAGAACAGUAACUGUGGCUUUGGAUACAGCACAAUAUCACAUGGAUGUAAGUAACAUUGCCGAGAAAGGGGCAGAAGAUGUUUAUGGUACAUUUAAUGUGUUGAUGAGGAGGAAGCCAAAAGAAAACAAUUUUAAAGCCAUCUUAGAAUCAAUAAGGGAUUUAAUGAAUGAAUACUGUAUUGUUCCUAAGUGGUUGGAAAAUAUUUUUCUUGGUUAUGGGGAUCCUUCUGCUGCACAGUGGACUAAUAUGCCUGAUCUAUUAGAGACAGUAGAUUUCAAAGAUACUUUUGUUGAUGCUGAUCACUUGAAAGAAAGUUUUGUGGAUUAUGAGGUGUUUUUCAUUAAUUCCAAUGGCACAGAAAAUUUGAAUCCAAGGCCUCCUUUUAAGAUCAAGCUUCCGAGAACACUCAAACCAAGCAAUGGAUCUCUUAUUGGGAAUGCUAUGUCAACUGCUGGUGCAACAAAUGGUAUCAAUACCGCUGAUACUAAUAAUCAGAAAGAAACACUAGUCAUUGAGGCAUAUACUCCUCCAGAUCCAGGUCCUUAUCCUCAAGACCAGCCUAAACAAAAUUCAGUUAGAUUUACUCCUACUCAGGUGCAUUCAGCUCUUGAUCUCAAGCAUAUAUGUUCAAUUUUCAGGCUUACUGUUAGCUUUCUUCUCAUAUAUACAUUCCACGUCCUAUCAGAUACUGAUUUUUGUUUUUAUCUUACUCUGCUUCUUGCUUCCCUAACUGUAGAUGAUUGUGAUUAUUUGACCAAAAUUCAAUUU